UUAUUGUAUUUAUUAACAGCCAAUCAGAACAACCCGUUGUUGUUGCUCCUGUUAGGCUGCAGAAGGCUCAGGAGGAGCAGCGCUGCGUUCAGGUGGAGAAGGUGAAGGUGGAGGAGGAGCUGCGUAGCGAGAUCGACUCGGCUAAACAGGAAGCUCAGCGGCUCCGAGACCUCCGACAGGGAACCGGCAACGAGAGGAGCCGGCAGAAAUAUGCCGAGGAGGAGCUGGAUCAGGUGCGCAUGGCACUGAGGAAGGCGGAGAGGGAGCUGGAGUCUCGGGCUCACUGGGCGCCGCCGGACGCUCUGCAGAAGUGGCUGCAGCUGACGCACGAGGUGGAGGUUCAGUACUACAACAUCAAGAAGCAGAGCGCAGAGAAGCAGCUGCUGCAGGCCAGAGAGGGGGCGGAGAAGAUCAAGAAGAAGAGGAGCUCUCUGUUCGGGACGUUCCACGUGGCUCACAGCUCCUCGCUGGACGACGUCGACCACAAGAUCCUCUCUGCCAAACAGGCCCUGGCUGAGGUGACGGCGGCCCUGCGGGAGAAGCUCCACCGCUGGCAGCAGAUCGAGUGUCUGACGGGCUUCUGUCUGGUCAACAAUCCGGGUCUGGGAGCGCUGGCCACCGCCCUCAACCUGGACCCCUCCUUCCUCGGCCUGCGACCUCCGACCCCUCAGCACCUCUUGCUCUCCGAUGACCUCGACGACAUGGACGAGGACAUCCUGUCUCCUGGGACGCUGCAGUACGCAGCGUGGCAGAUGGACCGGCGAGUGAGCGACCUCUGGCCCCUGAGUGGCAUCGCAGACACCCAGUCACCAUGGAAACACUCUGCUCAGAGUCUGAUGCCCCUGCGACAGAGGAUAGGAGACCCCGCUCUGACGUUCAGCUCUCAGAGGUUGGUUGAAGGGCGGGGCUUACCUCAACCGGAGGGGCGUGGCUUGAUCACAUCGCCCCGCCCUCCCAGCGGCCGGCAGAAUCGCAGCCUCUCUAUUGGCCAACUAGAGUUCCUCCCUGUGCCUUCUCCGUCUCUCUCCUCCUCCCUGUCUCACCCUUCUAUAGGCCCCGCCUCUCCUUCUCACCCCCCCAUCCUCUCAUUAUGUGCUCCUCCGAACGACAACUCCUCCUCCUCCUCCUCUUCUUCUUCUGCCUACACUGAUGGCGCUGCUCAUUUUUCUGCUCUGCUCUUCCGGUCUUCUUGCCUCCAUUCUGUGGAGGCGGCUUCCAGCCUCCCGCCUGCAGGGGGCGCUGCGACGGCCCAGCAGCAGCGCUGUCGCUCCGGCAGCUUUGGGGACAUCAUGAACCGCUCGGACUCUGACUCCGCCCUCCCUCUCUCUCACGGCGAAUCACGAGGCUCGCACGGCUCCAAGCCCUUCCUCCUUUCAUCCAGGCUCCACCCCCUGCAGGGUCAGGGCUCCGGGGUCGGCGGUGGAGGCCUGGAGAAGAGCUCCAGCCUCGGGGAGCUGAGGGGCAGCCCCCGGGGGGGCUUCACCGCCAACGCCCCCGCCACCCUCGCAGCCUCAAGCUCCACCCACUCGCUCUUCAUCAGGUCCGACGGCGCCGUCGGCCCGGCCGCCUUCUCGUCCUCCGCCUCGACGGGCGGCCUCCAUGUCCCGGCCAGGAGGAGCCCCGUGGAGGACGACGGAGGAGACGAGAGCGAGUCGUCCGGCAGCCGGAGGAGAAACGCUUUAAAUAAGAUCUUUAAGAAGAAGCAGGGACGCCACUGAACGGCUCACGAACGCUUUUUAUCUGCUACUGAAACCAAACUGUUGCUAACAGGCAACGCCAGCCGCUUCUUAAUGAACUUUUCCAGCAAUUUUUUCUUCUCUCCGGUUAAACUGACUAGAUCCAAUUUGGACUAACCCUAAAAAAGUACGACACAGGACAAACCUCACAACGCCCAGGAGUCCUACAGCGACAAAAACCAAAGAAGAAGAACAAGAGGACGACUCAAGAAGGCCGUAAAAAGUAGAACAUUUUCCUUUUUUUCCAUACAGCCCCUGAAGGUUCUGAAGGCUGAUGCUGCAUUCAUGUCACGUGGGCGUUAUCGUUAUUAUCAAUAUUACGACGGGGAAACUUAAAACCUGAAAGCUCAGAUAUUUUUGACUUAAAUUAUACAUUUUACAUACAUUUACAGAAAUGAACCGUCACACAGUCAUCUGAUGACGUUAACGCUCACAAGUUAUAAACAUGUGACUCUUAGUGACGUGAACGUGGCUCCAAAAUGAGACCAAUACUAACGGUGCGUUCAGGCGCUCAUAAAGGUAAUAAACUGGGACCGGUUUGACUUGAACAGCAGGUCACCUGACAACCCCUUCAGGCUCAGAACAAACUUUAGUACAAUCUGUUAACUGCUCACUACAUUUAGGAGGUGAUGAGCAGUUAAGCAAAAGAUCCGGUGUGUAGUGCAUUGUGGGAUACUGAGGACCAAUUCAUACCAGGCAGCAACAUCCAG